GCUAGUCAGGAAGAGCCAAGUGAAGGGUCGCUCAGGGGGAGGGGGGCUAUUCAGGAUGGCAUCUACACAGCUAAGCCUGUAAGGACCGUCAUGCCCUGCACUGGAGCCCCGCCUGCUAAGGGGGAGCUGGAAGCCAUGCCCCAGCCAGGGACUUUCCUGCCCAGGGCCCCCACCCCACCGAAUGCCAGGAGCCUGGAAGUAGGCUCAGGACCAGGGAGGGAAGGGAGCAGGGGCUGUGUGCAGGCUGCUCUUGAGUCUCUGGGCAAGGCCAACAUGAAUGUAUGCAAAGGUGAUAUCAGAGCAGCUCUGAUCUACCAGGAUGCAGCUCGCAGGGCCUCUGUACCCAGCCCGAGCCAAGCCGCUGGCCACUGCCAGCAGGCCCUUAAUUACUCUCCUCCUCCCCCAGCUGCUGUAACUGGACCCGAGUUAUCACCCUCCCCUGGCCCUGAAGACAACGCUCUUUCCUGUGCUCCAACCCCUCAGAAGCCCUAUGUUCACCUCCUCAAUCCUGUCUCUGGCCAGAGACACCCGGAGAGACCAGAGGUAGGGUCCUCCAAACAAGAGACUACAGUGAUGGUCACCAGGAAGAAGCCCACUCUACCCCCCAAACCUGCACACCUUGGAGGUCCAGCCCAGAUCCUUCCCCCCAAACAACCAGCCCUCCUCACCAGCCCAGUCAUCACUGGAGCUCCAGGGGAGGUCCAGUCUCUGACCCCACCACGCCAAACAAGUGGACAUCCAGAUGGCCACCUCAGUGGAAGGCAGCCCCCCAGCCUGGUCACUUCUACCUCCAAGACCUCUGAGAAGGAGGCUGUGGUCAACAGUGUCCAGGCCAUGGGUCCAAGAAGGUCCCCCUGCACCCCAGCUACACUCAAGGAUGAUCCUGCCCCAUUGCAGGCGCCAAGAAGGCUUCCUAGGCAGGAGUCACACCCACAGCCCGAGGCCGAUCAGCAGAAACUUCGGGAAGAGAUCCCCCAGGGACACGUGCAGGGAGCCAAAGAGAUCUUUGAAAACCUGAAAAAGCAGCAGGAACUCCAGGCCAUCCUGAGCCGUGUGAAGGCCAUCGAGGAGGAUGCUGUGCGUGGGGUGGACGUGAAGGCCCUCCAGAGCCUCUUUGAGGCUGUUCCUGAGUGGGUGGGGAAAAGGCCCCAGACUCCAGACCCCAGGGAGGCCUGUCCUGGGCAGGUCUUGACUCCAGGCCCCAAGGGGGUAUCCUCGGUGGAGCUGGCCUUUGGAGACCUGGCCCGGGCUAGUGCUGAAGUGGCCUGCCUGAAGGAGCAGACCCUGGCCCGGCUGCUGGACAUCGAGAAAGCUAUUCGUAAGGCCCUCAGCUCUGUGUCCAGCCUCAAGCCAGAGGCCGACAUUGCGGCCCUCUCGGGCAUCCUCCAAGAGUCACUAGGGGAAGAACCUUCAACCCCAGCUCCAAGGGAAAGCAGCAUUGCCAAGGUCAGCAUUCAGUCCAGUAGUAGGGUCAAAUCACAGCAGACUGGGCCAGAGGGCAGGGAGCAAGCUGAGCUCAAGAGUCAGGCUGAGGCCAAGGCUCCAGAAAAGGCCCAGGACCUCCCUAAAGUGGAAAGUCAAGCCUUGGCAAAAUCCCAGCCCAGAGGACUGUCUGAGAACCUGAGAACAGAGCUGGGCAUCCCCAGAGUCCUGCCUUCCCGUGUGAAUUCACCCUCCUCGCCAUCCUUCAUCACCAUUGAGUCGGCAGCCAGGAAGCCAGCGGAGCCUCCCAGCCCUGGGGACAGCCCUGACAUCUCCCACCUGUCCCAGGACAUUGCCCACUCUUUGCCCCCAGAAGGCAUCCCAGCCGAUCGAGGUCACAGGGAGGCAAGGCAGGGCCUCAGCCAGUCUGAGCCAAGCCCUGGGGCCAGUCCCCUGUUCCCUAGGAGGCAGAAAAGCAUCUUAGAGCUGCAGACAGGCCCACGGGGCUCCCAGUUAUAUGGAGCAACAAGGACGGUGACAGAGCAAUACGAGGAAAUGGACCCAUUUGGGAACAAGAUCAUCACGUCGUCCACCACAGUCACAAAGCAGGCCGACAGCCCGGCCAGUAGGGGCCAUGGUUAUGAAGUGAGCACCUCCCCUCUGCUCCGCCGCUACCUGCAGAGCUCCUCCAGGGCCAAUGGGACCCUGCAUGAGGCUGGCAUGGUAUGCGUGACCUUUGGGAACUCCCGGCCCACCACCAACUGAAGCCUCCUCCAUGCCUCCUCUCAAGAAAAGAGUUCUGCACCCCACUCUGCCCAAGGGGAGCACCCCAGGCCACUUGGGGGUGUCCAGCAGUCACCCCAUGCCUUGCCCUCAGCUCCCACCUCCUGAGGGAUUGAGGUUAAUGUCCAUGAUGGGCAGAGGCCAAAGACCAAAGAGAAAAGUUCAUUUUUGUCUGUUAUUUGAUAUUCUGUCUUUCCUCUUCCUUCCAUAGUUCUGUUUAACUCUGCUAGACAGGGGGAGAGGGAAGAGGUCAGGAAAGGCUCUCUAUAGGGUGAGACGCUCCCUCUGGACAGUCCACUUUACACACACACACACACACACACACACACACACACAUGCUGACAUACAUAAACCCAGGUAUUCUUCCAGACACAACCCCAUCAAGAUGUCAAUGCACACACGUUCCCAUAAACUCACAUAAAUGUCCACGUAGUCCUAUCACACACGCACCCUCCGAAGGGUACCCCCCAACAUACCCACACCUAGAUGUCCUUUGUAUUUCCUUCACCUCCCUGCCCCGGAAGCCCCACUUAAUUCCAAAGUCCCAGACUGUUCUCCUCCCCCCACCCCGGAAAAGGGGGUGAGAGGAGUGGUAGGGCCACCGAGGUUGGAUCUCUCUGCUCUGGGGUCAGCUCUGCUUUGCCUGACUCUUCAGGCUUCAGGAGGCCUGAACACCCACCACCCUCUCCAUCAUCUCAGCCUUCCCCAAACCGAAAUUCUCCAGAUCCUCUCCCACCCCACUCUCCAUGCUGUAAUGCCCCUUUUCUUACUCUUUAUAAACAAGUUUUGUAUAUCA